UCCAAAUCUCCCAGGUGAAAGGGCCCCUCCCAGGAAGGGGAGGGACAUUCUUAUCACCAGAGGCAGGGGGUUUAGGGCCAAGAAGGCUGUGUGAGGAAAGCUCGAUCUGGUUUCAGUAUUCACUACCCACAGUCCAAACCUCUCUUGCCUUAUCAGUUCUUCACAAAUUCACUGUUUCUUUCUCUAACAGGAUAAAGCUUUCGUUCUGGCCACUUCUUUGGGUCUCCACUCACCAGUGAAAUGUCCCCUCCCUGUACGUGUAGAAGUGAAAGUCGAUCAGUCGUGUCCGACUCUUGGCGACCUCCAUACAGUCCAUGGAAUUCUCCAUGCUAGAAUACUGGAGUGGGUAGCCUUUUCCUUCUCCAGGAGAUCUUCCCAACCCAGGUCUGCCGCAUUGCAGGUGGAUUCUUUACCAGCUAAGCGACAAGGUGAGCAGGUAUGCGGAGAAACUCAGUAAAAUAUGUACACUUUGCUUUUCUCCUGCAGAUCUGUGUUUGUCAGUGUAACUUUCAGAUCCCGUCAGAAGCUCUGGAGGGGUAAGACUUUCCUUUCCCCGCGGCUACGGAAGAAGGCCAACCCUGAUGGCUGGCUGCCGCUCUUCCAGCGCAGCUAAUGCCCAGCUAGCCUCCCGCCACCACACGGCGGUGUCCAAGAGCCUCAGCAAACGCCGCCACGACGACGACGCUGGCAUGGCGCCUGCGCGCGGCGCUCCGGAAGUGACGCUACAGGAAGGGGCUGCUCCGGGCAGCGCCAUGGCCCGAAAGGCGGCUGGGAAAGCGCCUGAGGAAAUCUUGUUGGACUGGAAACGGGAGCAAGCCUUGUUGAAGGCCCGUGUUGUGGACCAGGACACGGAGGCUUGGCAACUGGACCCCGCCUUCUCAGGCCUGCAGAGGGUCGGGGGCGUGGACGUGUCUUUUGUGAAGGACGACAGUGGCAGCGCCUGCGCCUCCCUGGUGGUGCUCAGCUACCCAGAGCUUGAGGUGCUGUAUGAGGACUGCCGAAUGGUGACCCUGACGGCCCCCUACGUUUCGGGCUUCCUGGCCUUCCGAGAGGUAUCUUUCCUUGUGGACGCGAUGCAGCGGCUUCAGGAGAGGGAACCCUGCCUCAUGCCCCAGGUCCUUUUUGUGGAUGGAAAUGGGGUGCUGCACCACCGAGGUUUUGGGGUGGCCUGCCACCUUGGUGUCCUCACAGACCUGCCUUGCAUUGGGGUGGCCAAGAAACUCCUGCAGGUGGAUGGGCUCGAGAACAACGCUCUGCACAAGGAGAAGAUACAGCUCCUAAAGGCUGGAGGAGACUCAUUUCCUCUGAUGGGAGGCUCCGGGACUGUCCUGGGCAGGGCCCUGAGGAGCCACGACCACAGCACCAAGCCCCUCUAUGUCUCUGUGGGCCACAAGAUAAGCCUGGAGGCAGCCGUGCGCCUGACCCACAGCUGCUGCAAGUUUCGGAUCCCGGAGCCCGUGCGCCAGGCUGACAUCCGCUCCCGAGACUACAUCCGCAGGACCCAGGAAGUCCAAGGGGUCCCUGCCCCGCAGUCGGGGAGGAGCAAGGAGGCACAAAGGCCGAAAGCGUGCCCCCAAGGAGUCUCAGAAGAGCCUGCAGGACCCAGUGACCAAGUGUGACUCCAUACACCUGGGGGCAUGGGCGGAAGGGAGGACCAAGUGCAGUGAGGACCCCGGUGGCUACAGCUGCAUUUGGCAGCCUCAUUCCAAGCUUCCCAGCCCAGCUGGGCCUCAGGACUUCUUGCUUCCUGCAGGAGGGUCACCUUGAUCCUGGGUCUCUCUUCCCUCAGCUUUGCAUUCUUGGGCUCACUUUUCCAUCUUGUGGCAAAACGAGCAAGCGUGGGCACUGCCCUGGCUCCUUUUCAGAUCCAUGCAAACCAGGACCAGAUAAGGGGUUUACCUAGGACAGCUUGCCAACGGCGCUUCAUUUCUCCAAUCCCCAGUUCCUCCUUCGUAAAAUGGAGUUAAUGAUGCCGAUCUCAGCCCCAUGCUGACAGGCAAACAAGAUAAAGCCCACCAAGUAGACAUAUGCUUCCAUCCCCUCUCAGAGCCUCAGUUUUCCCAUCUGUAAAAUGAAGCCCUCUCAGGCUGUAGAUCCAACUCCUGCAGAGCAGGCUGGAUGCCUCUGCCAGCUGGGAGGGCACAUCAUUGGCAAGGGGCAGGGGCUGCCCUCCUCUCCUACUAUUUCUGAGUUCAAGAUUCCACUGGACUGGCAUCAUCAGUUGUGGCCUAUGUCCCUCCCUCCCUCGGCCUGAGCAGACACAACCUGGCAAAAGGAACCCUGGCAGGGCCCUUGGGGGUUGCCCUCAGUAAGCCUCAGUGGCAAGGACAAUGCCAGGUAAGCCAUGCCAGGAAUGCCCGGCCACUUGGCAAGCACAGCAGAGCAUGGCCUUUCCCUGGUUCUGGCUCUCCUCCAUGCUACUGCAUUCCAUGGGGCCACAGAUGCCCUGGCUGUGGGGGUUGAGGCAGACCAGAUGUCCGUUCCAGGCCACCAUGCCCCAUGCCAGAAGGACAGUGCAGCAGGGCCUGAUGCUGACAAAGCCCUGGAACCCUAGACUUUGGCACUAAGAGGGAGGCAAGGUCAGGAGAGGAGGUGGAGAGGAGCCACCUAGCUCCUCUCCUGAAGGAAAUGCCUUUGAGCCAUUGACUAGCCCAGAAGCAUCUGGCUGCCAGGGUGGCCUGUGCCCUACUCCCCACGAGGCUGGCAGCAUAUGGCUGCCCUGGCUCACCCGAACCACACACCAAGCAAAAGCCCCUCUUCCAGUGCCCACACCCACAGGGAAGCCAGUUGUCUGGACACUUGGAUGUAAUUCUGGGCAGCUUGGAUGCUUGUCUGGCUUCUCGCCUGAGAAGCAGCAUCCGGCCCUGGGAAAAGCACAGGCUUCUCAGCCACCAAGAGCUGAAUCCCAGAAAUCGUGUCUGCGCAGAGGAGAAAACCAGUAAUUGUUCACAGUGCACACUUCACGCCAGAAGAGCCCCCCUGGACCACUGGGAGGAAUUCUAGAGGCCCCAUUCUAGAGGGGGCCCACCCUCUUCCACUAUGCCUCAGGUGCCCAUCCUCAGCACUGUACUCUGCAUGGUGGUGGUCACUUCUCUGUCCCUCCCAUCAGACUGAGAACCUUGAAGGCAGCACCAGACUUUCUCACACAGUUCAGCACCCAGCAGAGUACCAGGCACGCAGGAGGGACUGCAGCAACAGCCAGUGACAUCUGGAGACCAAAGGACUCUGAGCUGAGGAUGACAGUGUUUGGAGGAAUAGGGCUCCCAGAGGUUCCUUGGGCCUCUCACAGAAAUAGGAAGCCACUCUGGGAGUGAGGUGCUGAAAGUAAGACACUUGGCUUGGGCAGUCAGCUAGUCCUGGCCAGUUCCCCUUCCAGAGAGGGUGACCCAAGGGAUUCAACACCCUUCUUAGGGAGGAUGAGGAGAGAAGACCCCUCAUCCACCUGCUUAGUCUGCAACAACUACUGAGCACCUGCUCUGGUCUGAAGAAGACAAAUUCUUGGCCAUGGAACUUUCAGACAACGUAUAAGUACAUUAUCAACUGUGUUGGAUGGUGAUAAGACCUAUGGAGAAAAAUCAGGGUAGGGAGGAUGGGGAAUGUGGGGUGUAACUUUAAGCAGGUGGUCGCCUCACUUAAAGAGGCGUGGCCUAGACAGACGGACCAGCAAGUGGUUGGGGUGAGAAGAAGCAAGGUCAGUCACGAGUGAGCAAGGCUGAAGUAGGGGAGCAGUGUGGUAGAGGCAGACGGGGCACAGCCUUGACUCAGGGAAACCGGGAACCACAAGAUGGAACAUGGACUGAAGGGCGGAGCUGGAAGACCCGGCGAGAGGUUGGGCAUUACUCAAAGCGACUAAAGGUAGUCCAGGGUGGUCGCAGCGGAGGAGGGAGAAGGAGCCCAUUCUGGGCACAUUUUGCUGGCACAGUGAGCAAGACCGGGUACCGCACCAUACGCGGGAGUAACAGUCCAGGAAGCCUCCCAGGCCCGCGCCCUCCUGGCCUGCGCCAACCGGAAGCCACGAGGCCAAGCUCUCGCGGGAUCGCCUCCUGGGUCCCGCCCCUGAAGCGCCGCCAAUCGCCGCGCGCCCGGGGGCGUUGCCGUGGCAACCGUGGCCGGCGUCUGGGUCCCGCGGUCCUGCCCCAGAAUUUGGCCUCUAGGCCUCAGUAUCCCGGUUACCGCGAUCGGGGUCGCGGGCGUCCUCCUCCCCAGGGCUCCUUCUCAGGAAGAUUCAGGUGCAGGAGGCCGCAGAAAAUCCAGUCGAUCCCUUUAACGUUGUCCUAGCAUUUUACAUCCACUGUCCCGCUGUUGAGGAGCCAAGGCCGACACCACCCACCCCCUUGCCCAGAGGGCUACCCCACCUCCCCCGUUCGCCACCCACCCUCAAACAUCGCCGCCCCCUCCGCCCCCAAUUCCUCGCGGAGGAGCAGGUCGUGGGGAGAGAAUGCCUCUAGGCUGCAAAAUUCCUGAGGACAGUGUUGCUGUCGCAACACAUCAAGUGUCGGAGGAAGGAGGAAUGAAAGCAGAGUACUAAGUCAGUGUGAACUUGAGAAGGAGUGUUUGUUCCUUGGGUCCACCCAGAACCAAAUCUAACUCAAAGGAAAGUUACUGCAACUGGGAAAAAAGCACAGUUGGCUGGAGAAUUUGGUUUAAAAAUAAAUAAAUAAAAUUUAAAUUACAUAACCAACACAUGUUUGGUGUAAAACACGAAAGUAUAAAAAUCCUUGAUCCCACCGCACUGCUGACAUUUCAGAAUAUUUUCUUCUAGGCUUUCUUUUUUUUUUUUUUUUUUUUCAAUAUAUUGCAUAUACAUUUUUUUCCAAAUAAAAUUCUAUUCAUGUGCUGCAGUGCCCCCAUGGACCCUUAUGUGUGGGAAUGGAGACUCCUGAUGUGAUUGAAGAGUUUUCCCUCCCUAGUAUCCCUGUUUCUUCCCCCAACACACACACAGACACACACACAUGGACUCAAGGGCACAACACGUAUGCUGAUACAGCUGAUACCAAUGUAAGGCGCUGGUUCCCUGAACCUUCCUGAUACAGAGAGGGUUGUGGAAGUGACAGUGGGCCCUCUAUGCUCCAUGAUCACUUCUACAGUCAGUCCCAAGUUCUCUCUGCCUUCUAGGCUAGGGGUGCUAUCGUGAGAGACAGGGUCAAGAUGGGGCUUGAGGAAUCUGCCAAUCCAGGGAGAGAAGUUCAGGCAAGCAGACCUAGCCAAGGGCUCCAUCCUCCAAGUGUGAAAGUCCUCAGAGAAAUAGGAGAAACAGCCAGGUCAGAUGAGGAGGCAGCAAAGGCAAGCAAGCAAAAUGCCAACACUUUGCCUCUGCCAUCCCUGGGGACCGCUGAUCAUGCUUUUGGACCAUGGGUUCAUUGAAGAAGGACCCCCCCCCACUCACCCACCCACAUAUACACAUCCCACAUGGUUUCAUCAGACAAUGAGACAUGUUGUAUCCUAGCACUUUGAAAGAAUCCCCUUAGCUAGCCCACCCUCCAAGGCAAAAGUUGGAAGCAACACAUAUGUGUACUGGGACAGGGGAGGUAGAUAUGCCUCCUACCUCUGAGCUCUCUUUCUAACCUGGGAGCCAGUUAUUCACAAGUCUGGCCCCUUAGCCCUCCUGGCUGAGCACAUACAGGGUCUUGGGAGUGACAUCACCAUAUAUCCUGAUCGAAACAUUAGACAUUUGUGUAAAGCCUUAUGUCCUGCCUCCUUGGUGCCUGCCAGUGUGGACUGGUCUUUUCCACAAACUCUUGUCUUUUUUGCGUGUGUUUUUGGCCUCUUUUUAGUUCCCUGACCAGGGAUCAAACUCAGGCAUUUGGCAGUGAAAGCGUGGAGUCUUAACCGCUGGGCCACUGGGGAAUUCCCUCCACAAACUCUGCCUUAUAUAGGGUGUCUUGAGUGUGGUGGCUCAGAAAGGAGGAGGUUAGGCACCUAGGCACUGUCCACUAGGAUACUUGUCUCCGCGGCUGCCUGAAGCUUAUUCAAACAGCCCAGUCUAGCUCGUGUCAGUGAAGUUCUUUUCUCAGAAGCUCCUUAAAAGGUGGUUGUAGGACACAGAGGCUGUCCAUGUGUUCACGCUGUCACUUGUUCCUGCCCUGCAGGCAGAAAAAGCCCCCUCCCUCACCAAGUAGCCACAGGGAACCCUGCUCCAUAUGCCAUCACUCACAGUCCACAGAGAACCUCCUGAUGGGUCUUUAGGACAUUUCUUUUGAAAAUCAUGUCACACUUCUCCUCUUAAAACCAUGCAGUAGCUUCCCAUAUGAUUCAGAGUAAAACUCACAGUUCUUUCCUUGGUGUAAGAGGUGUCAGUUACCUCCUAUCCGAGGACCCUUAGAAUAUAGCUGCAGUGGAAUUGAGUGAGGGCAACAGGACACUGUGGAGAGCUGGGGAGUGCUCAUAGGGAUCAGGGGUGAUGCCAUGAUAGGGUAUCUUAGUAAUUUGUGUCUAGAAGGCAGGAGAACUUUAGCAAAGUGUCGGCUAAAAUUGGUAAACCCACUCCAGUCAGCAAGGAAAGGGGGCCUGAGGGCCAUUUUUAGGUCUGGACAGAGUCCAUGUUCUGUCUGUGUUCAGAGAUGACUGCAGAGGCCUCUUGUUUCUGUCUCCAUCCAUCUUGGCCAUGUCUGAUAACAGAGACAUUGUUGAGCUGUGAAAUUUUCUGCAUAUCAUCGAGGCGAGCUGCUUUUCUCCUUCUCAAGCCCCUGUGUGACCUGACCCUCCCCCAGCCCAGCUUUUGCUCUCUCCU